CGAGUUGCGACUUGCGAGUUGCGAGUUGCGACACGCCUCCCCGAGACGCCCCCGCUCGGCCGCUCCUGCUCCUCAUCUGUGGGACGGCGCCACGCCGCCGCCGCCAGCCGCGGAGUCACUCGACGCCAUAGAGCCUCGUCGCAACUCCUCCAGCACCGCCACGCGCCAGGCCGGCUGCGCAGCAGCGCGCCAGGGCCCGAGCGCCGGGCCUCCCGAUCCGGACCCUGCCGUGUGCUGUCCCUGGCUCCCUGCGACCCUGCGGCUCGGCAGCUGCGCCCGCCUAUCGCCAGACGGCAGCCGCCCCUACGCCCUACUCUGCUGCUGCAAGUCUGCAUCUGGUACUCCAGGUCACUUCCUAGGGUGCUACUAGAUUCUGUGCAUGGUCAUGACUUCUGAAGAUGGAGACAUCUUGGUUCUUCUUUCAGAACCAAGUCUAACGGAAGAGCAACUUGAGGCUUCUGAAUCUGAUGAUAUACUGCCUGCUAUUCUAGAAGCCAUUAAAUCAAAUGCAAAAGCAGUUGAACCUUCACCCGAGGAGGCUGCCUGGGCAGAUUCAUGUUUCGUGCAGACUUCUGAAUUGUCAGAGGAUGACUGGGGAGCAAUGAGGAAUGCCUUGCUUGAUGCCCUUGAGAAGCCAAUGGAAAGUCCCUUUGAUACUUCUGAAGCUGUGCAUGACCAAGGCAUCCAUGCAAUCUCAGAGGCAAGACCUCACUCUCUCGAUGCUGAAAAAGUUCCUCAGCAUGAUGAUGUGCACAUGGAGCAGAUGGACAAUAUUGACGGUGUCAAGGAUAGUAGUCAAGCUUGUGAAGUUGGUGAUGUAAUCAGAGGUGUAGAUGAACAUGGAAAGCAAAUGGAUGGUUAUGCAGUGAAACCUGAGGAUGACAAUGAAUUGGCUUCACCCGAAGGUCUUGAGCAGACGGAGUUGACAGAUUCUAUCUUCAAGGUUUGGGAUCUGGAGCUGUCUUUUUCCGACGACGAUGAUGGUGAGCUUGAACUCAUAAAGGAUCUGAAGAAGCUCCUCAAGGAGAAUGGCAGCCCUCCAGAGACUGUGUAUCCUACUUCUCCGGAUGACGUUGCUAAGCCCCUGGAUCAAAUAAGCAUCGAUGAACUUGUGGCGGGCUUGAGUGACUUGUCAAUACAACAAACCAACUAGUAAGAGUAGUCAGGUCUGUAGCGCACCUUGAUCCAUUCAACUGGGAUCUUGUGGUUUGCUCUCUUCGGCAGCUUUAGUUGCUUGUUUCACAGGGGUUUUAGACCCAUGGUUUAGGCUAACUGUUGACUUGUUGUUCUGUAUGAUCUCCAUGUUGAUUGCUGCUAGUACUUGAAAUCGGGCAAAAACGAAGAUGUUCAUUAGAUUGAAUUAUUUUUAUUUCGUUCUCUA